GUAAUGUGUGUUUAAUGAUGUCAUUGGCUUUAAUUCAAUGAAAUCACUAAGGUAUGUCACAAAUCAUUUGAUUGAAGAUUAAAGUUGUUCGAAUAUUGUUGUUGUUUAGUGUUGUUGCAAAAAACUUUAAAAGUUUAGAGAAAACUUGUUUGCACUAAAAUAACUUCUUUAAACUAACUCAAAAUAAACGAAGUUUGUAAAUAAACCAAGCAAAUAACGAAACAAAACAAAAACGUUUAUUUACUUUGUUUCGAAGGGUAACUACCAAUGCACAAACUGUAAAACACAAGAACAGAUUAAAAAAAUAUUUUAACUUGCGUUUGAUCUACAUCAACUCUUGAAUUAUAAAAUGAAUUAAUUUAGUUGUUAUUUUUUUCUGAGUAAUCAUGUUUAAGUUUGUGAUGACAAAAAAUAGUUAUGAACUUUUUUAUCGCGCUGUAACUAAUAACGAUAUUUCACGGACCAAAUUAAUAUUGGAUGAAGCAUUAAAAGAUCCGCGAUUCAAUAUAGACGAAAUAAAUGAUGAUGGUUUAACAGCUCUUCAGUCCAGUUGCUUUGCUGGAAACUUAGACAUAGUAAAAAUGUUGGUCUCAAAACAAGCCAAUUGGAAAAUACAAGAUCGCGAAGGUAAUACUUUAUUGCAUGCUGCAGCAAUGAUGGGUCGUGUUGAGGUUGUCAAGUAUUUGCUAAGUUUAGGUAUUAAACCUGUUGUAAAAGCAGACAAUGGUCUUAUGCCUAUUGAUACUACUGACAAUAUAUCAGUUAUUGUUGUUUUGCUUAGAGCAAUGCUUGAUCAGGGAUACCUUUAUGAGAUGCAGGACUACAUGUUAGAUCAUCCAAUGUUAAAAAGAAAAAUAUUUCAAGAACUUGAAGUUGUUAAAUGUAAAGAGAAUGAAAAAAAAGAAAUUCUUAAAGAUCUCCCAUAUACUUCUCAUACCGUCAAACGUAGUCUUACUCAUAUCGAAAAAGCACAAGGAAAUGCCGAAAACACCCAAAGAAUGAAUAGGUCUUUAAAUACAUUUACUUCAUAUACCGAAUCAUCAAACAGCAUAAAUUUGAUUGAGCAAACGCAUUAUUCAAAACUCCAUGCUAAUCUUUUAGAAUCUCAUUUAAGUCGACAAAACAGUCUUAACAGCCUAAGCAGUAAAAGCUCUCGAUCUUCACAUAAUUCGGUAGGAGGUAUUUUAAAAAACACUGAUAACAAUAUGGAUACACAUUCAUUUACGCAGCAAUAUUUAGAAAGUAGAUUUCCGCCUGCUUCAAAAAGUGUCUCUUUUGAGCCAGAUUUGAUUACAUCUAAAGAUUUAUCUAAGUCGCGAUGUUUAUCAACCUCAUUUGAAAACUUAAAUGAAUUUAGAGAAACUGAAGAAAUCGUUGAUGAAUCAAUUUACGAAAACGUUUUACGGAAACCUCUUGCAUUACCUCCAAUAUUGGAAAGCUGCCUAAAUAAACAAGUUGAUGAUAGUCCCCCGCCUCCUCUUCCACCUCGAGAACCUACAAUCUUUGAGCCACCAUCUUCAGAUAUUUACUCUAAAAGAAAUAAGUAUUUUGACGAAAUUUCUCAAUAUCACGAUAAGCAAUUUGGUUCGGAAACUGACAGCGGAAUCGACAUUAACGAAACGCAAGGUCGUUUAUUUGCUUUAUCUUUAGAGGACAAAAUUCUAUCGCGGUCAUCUGAGUCACUUGAUAAUAUUUCAGAACGCCGUGAAACAUUUUCUCAACCAAUAGGGCUAUUUUAUUCACGAGAUAAGCAAACCACUAUUGUAAAGCAACAAGUGAGCUCCGACGAUAAUUUACCGUGUGGUUUUUUUAUCAGAACACACUUAAAAACCAACCCAAAGCAUAUGAGUUGGAAUGGAAGGUCUUUGCAAAAAGAAUUAGAUGAACUUCAACCUUGGUAUAAUAGCUAUGUGAAAGAUCGCCAUGGUUGUUCUACUGAUACAAAUUUUUCUACUAAAUACGUAAAUGAGAGUAACAAAAAUGAUUUUAACAAUAAGAAUGCAAAAAUAGACAAAGAAGCAAACAACUAUAGUAUCAAAGAAAGAGUUCGAGCAAUGAGCACAGGAAACAUAUAUAACAGUAAUGAUGUCUUUUUAUAUAAUAUUGAUCACCAUCCAGACAUUAUGUUAUAAGAUAUAACUAGCCUAUGCGCAUGAAUUUUGUCAUAUAUUAUAUGUUUUUUAUUGA